AUGGUCAUCGGGCUGCUAGUACUCACGGCUAUCCCGACUACCACGGGUGUGGCAUUUGGCGUCAGCGAGCAACGCAAGGCCAACCAGCGCAAGGAAGAUGCGCGGCGGAUGAUGAAGUUCAAUAUUGAUGCGCAAUGUGAUGGCGACACAGAUGAUGACCGCGACGUACAUGGUAGGAGGGUAUAUCUCGACCAUCCAAAUCCUACAGAUCGCGCCAUCUCCGCCUUCACUGCAUUGGCAUUCUAUAUUGAGUAUCCGGAACUUGAAGAAACCAAACAUCUCGACAGAGGGCUUGGCCUCCCCACUUACGUCUCCGCCAACCCACCGCUACUGAAUUGGAUUUACGCCGAUACAGAGACUCAUGAGUUGAAAUACGGGAACCGGUCGCAAAGUGUGGAGCACAUUGUAGGGCCGUGGGACUGGACUGAAGAUGAGAAAGUGAUCACACUCGAGGAAAAGCAUUCAUUUGUCGCCGUAGAAGAAGAGGAAGGAGAAUGGGCACUAUAUUACGAUCGUGACGGGGAUGAACUUGCCGCUGUGUUGGAGGAACAAGGGAAGCUGGACUGUGCAUUUGUGCCGGUUAACCUUGUGAGAAGGAUCGCAGAGGAACCGCCACCUGGACCACAGCAAAGUCAAGCUCAGAAUGGGAAUUCAAGCGGAGGUGGAGGACAGAAUUAA